AUGGUCGACCACCAUCUCGACGCUGUUCUCCACGAUGAAGUCGAAGCUCUUGCUGGCUGGCCUAUUCUCGUAUCUUGUACUGGAAUAAGGUUCUUCGACGCGUUUAUCAUAUGACAAGGAUGGGCGCACCGCUAACUCGUGGUUACUGCGCUUCAUGCAAUGGGCACUUUCAGCAUUUACUCUGUCGAAGGCUUAAUCGUCUUCGAUGGAAAUAUGUAGUGGAACCAGGGCCGAUGGGCAGGCACAACUCAAGACUUCUUCUUUUAUAUUGAAGCCGCUCAUUCUGGUUGCUUGAAGCUCUGUUCAGGCGAGGGAACCACAAUUGAGGUAGUCCGUUGUUCAUAUGGACCAUGCUCCUCCUCAUUUUAUGUCUUUGAGCUGAACUUGUAUCUCUCUGGCGGAUAUGUCCGAGUUCUUGGUGACCUUGGCGAUACUCAAGAGUCUUCAACCGAGUAACAACUUGCAACGCGGUAGCAACUCAAUCACCCUUUUUGCGUUGAGAUGAACGCGUACAUGUGGUCAUACAACCGUUUAAAGAAAACUGCUGUGCUCAUUGCCAUGUCUCUGGUACUAACCCCCAAUGACCUUCGUUGGUGUGCAUAACACACCUCAUACACGUGUGUACUGGAAGAUAAGUAUGCAAGAAAACGCCAGUGGUUGACAAAUCUUUUACCUCAAUCCCCAUCUACGCUGCAAAUUUGAAGCUCGAAAUAUUCAAUAUUGAAGGCAGGCCUUCGUAUAUCUCUUCACAAUAAAACCGACGGGUGAAUAACAACUUGAACUCCGCUCUUGUGACGUAUUACUUGCAGUCUGUUGAAGUUGUAGGUUCUCACCUGAGGUUUCAUUUUCUAGAAUUGUAUAACAUCAGUCAUGACCAUGGACCGUCGUACCACUCAAGUGGCGUUCUUUGAAGACGCCGCUCUUGCUCUCCAGUGGGAGUUCAUAGCGGAUCAUCCUUCUAUUGCUAUCGACGACGCUGAGCUCGCCGUACAACUAUUUGCACACGAAACGCAGUUUCUGGCCGAGCAACAGUCAGACUACAUGAAUGCCCUACGUUUACAAGACGAAGAAUCUAACCGUGUGGCCGACCCUGGACCGUCAACUCAAAGACGAGCUGUGUCUGCGGAUUCUCGACCACCCGAUAGAACUCAACGUUCUCGGUCGCGGUCGCAAAACAAGGUGUCCGGAAUUGUAGGCCGCGUCACGAAUACGCUUGUUCGACGACGCGAUACAUUACAAUUGCCGGGAUCUACCAGUACUCCUCGCGCAUUUUUACACCGACCAGUUCGCAAGCCAGAGCCACAUGAAUGUGUCAUCUGCCGUUCUAACAUAUCUAGUAUCGCAAUCAAAGUUCCUUGUGGUCAUUCUUACGACCUCGGUUGCCUGCGAGAAUUGGUUCAAGCAUCAACUCGUGAUGAAUCCCUCUAUCCCCCACGUUGCUGCCAACAAACUAUUCCCAGGAGGCUGUUCGAGUCGCACCUAGACCCCAAUCUUUCUGCGCUGUUCUCCGAGAAGAGCAUUGAAUUCGGUACCCUAAAGCGUGUAUAUUGCGCGAAACUUGCAUGCAGUCGUUUCCUGGGACCACGGAGCACGUCAUCAACAACUACUCCGUAUAUCUUCGUGUGUCCUGUCAAGUCCUGUUGUACACGGACAUGUAGCUGGUGUAGACAGGAAGUCAAAGGACACGGCAAGCACUCCUGCGCACAAGAUCAGGAUCAGGAUGGCAAGCAAUUGGCGAAACUCAGUCAGAAGGCGGGUUGGGUGUCAUGCCCUGGAUGUGAGAGGGUUAUUGAGUUGCACACAGGUUGCUUCCAUAUGACUUGCAUUUGUAAGACUCAGUUUUGUUACAGGUGCCGUGCUCAGUGGAAGACGUGUUCCUGCCCUCAAUGGGACGAGUUACGCUUGACGGCAGAGACGGAACGACGUCUCUCGCUGCUUCCCCCUUUGCGUACGCUGGAACAACCUCAGGAUUUAUUUCCUUUCGUCGUACCCCCAGCAGCUGUUGCUAUGCAUCAACACGUUCCUCUUCGCCCCGCUCCCAACAAUCGCGGUCAAGCUCUAGACAAUCGUGCAGCUUCAUCAGGAAUGCAACGCACCGAUGCUCCCGCAGUGCGAUUACCCGCCCUUGAUACGCAGGUUACGCCCGCUAGAGGUCGUGCACCAUAUCGAGACAAACAACCUCUUCCGAGUCCUGACCCCGGUUCUCCUCCUACACCUCCACCAAAGCGCGCCACUACAGACGGUGUACGCGGUGUCUCUAAACCGCAAGCCGAAGCAUCAGGUAGUCGACUCCAUGUCCGAACGCGAAUUAGUGCCCCGGCUGUAAUGCAAGCUCGAGAGAGCAUCGUAGCCCGUGGAUUACAAGCUCAAAAGCGUAGGACGCAACAGAGAAAGGACCUCUCGCAGCGACGGGCUGAGUCUCCGCCGUCUCCAUCGACUUCUACUAUAGAUCCACGUGUGUUGGAUACGCUGGAAUCUCGUAUCGACAGGUUGUUACAUGCUAUCGAACAUUUUCCUUGUCGGCAUGACUGGAAGCUUGAACGGUCUCAGAACGUCUGUGAUGGCUGCUACAGGAGUGGCUCUGUUCUCUCGUAUUGUUCUUUGUGCGCAGCGCGUGCUUGUACGAGAUGUCAAUUAAACCGAAUAUGAUCUAUCGCGCCAUGCCUGCUCCUCCGUCAUUAUGUACCGUCUCGAUCACUAUGGACUAUGUUUAUGAAAAGCGCUUCAUAUUUCAAGUUGCUUGUCGACCCUCUGCUUAUACAUGUAUCUCCUAGGCUUCGUCAAAUAUGCGAAGUACAAGCUGGGGAAGGUGUCCUCCUGCGCUAAUCAGCUCCGAGUAGGCUGCCACGAACAAACUCUAUUUUGACUGCUGUCUAUAGCUACACGUGCUUAUGCUAGGAUCCCAUAUAAUUGCUUUUCGAACCUGUC